GCGGCGAUGGGCGGCGGGGCGCGGGAGCUGGCCGGGUACCUGGCGGCGCUGGCCGGCUGGGUGGCGGGGCUGGCGGCCGCCGUGCUGCCGCAGUGGCGGCAGAGCUCGUACGCCGGGGACGCCAUCAUCACGGCCGUGGGGCUCCACGAGGGGCUGUGGAUGAGUUGCGCCGCCCAGAGCACCGGGCAGGUGCAGUGCCGCCUGCACGACUCGCUGCUCUCCCUCGAAGUUCACAUCCAGACAUGCCGGGCUCUCAUGGUCAUUUCUCUCCUCCUGGGCUUCUUUGGCAUCAUCGUGAGCGUGGUGGGCAUGAAAUGCACUAAAGUUGGGGAGGAGGAUCCUGUCACCAAAAGCCGCAUAGCUGUUGCUGGAGGUGUUCUCUUCAUUCUCUCUGGUCUGUGCACACUGGCUGCCGUGUCGUUGUAUGCAACACAGGUGACCUAUGAGUUCUUCAGAGAGAGCACCAUCCCCAUCAACGCUAGGUACGAAUUUGGCUCUGCUCUCUUCGUGGGCUGGGGGGCUGCCAGCCUCUCCAUGUUGGGGGGGUCCCUCCUGUGCUGCUCCUGCCCUGCCAAGGAGCGCCGAGGACAGCAGUACCAUCAGCAGUCACAGCCCUCCACAGCCCGGGAGUACAUCUGAGCCCAACCCUGCGCUCCUGCUGCCCAGUGCCUCCCUUCCCUCCCAAAAAGAGGCAAGACCCUGGUGUUCCCACCCUGCCUGGACCCUGAAUGCCCCAUGAGACCUUUCUCCUUCUUGUCUUCCAGGUUUCAGCCCCAUUUUCAGUGCCAGCCUCUAAAGUAGAGGUUUUAAGUAUCAUACCUCCCAUAUCCAUCAUUGCCGUGUUCUCCUCAGCUGGGCGGGGUGGCACCCCCAGCCCCACAAUGUGGCCAGGCCAUGUCUGUCUGUCACAGGUACUCUGUGGGGGUGAUGCAGGGAGGCUGAUGCCAGUGGCACAGGGGCACAGAGCCAAUUGGCCAAUCCCACGGGAGUGUGCUGCACAGAGAUGCUUUGUACCAUGGCCACCCCUCUCCCACAUCCUGUUUUCAGGAGCAAGCGGGGAGGAAAGCCAGUGUUUGGUUUUCCUUGGAUGAGGUUUUCACUUCUAACAGCACCAGCCCAACUCGGGGUUCAAGCAUCCCCACACCACGCUCUUGGCAGAGGGAUGCUUUUAGGGUGCAGCAUUACCCUGCCUCAUUGCUACUGAAAAGCAACACUUUAAAAUUAUUAUUAUUAUUGAUUCCUGCCUGGAGGCCAGUUCUCCAGCUGAGCUCUGCCAGCCCAAACCUGCCUUGGACUCGUUCCUGUCCAGGACCAGUCUGUGUCUUGUUAAACAAUAAAUGGGUUUGGGCAAAUUAAAGCAGCAAAAAGGGGCUAUGAACACAAAUUUAUUGUUUUUAGUUUUGGUGCCCAACACAAGUAUUUUGAGUGGCAGAUGGACAGAGCCCUGAAUUUUGGUGCCUCCCUGCUGGGUCCAAAUCCCUCUUCCCUGCCAAGAUCCCCUAGAGCAGACAGUGAAGGUUCCAAACACAACCUGCUAAUUGCCUCCAUCGCUUCAUACCUCUGUUCUACUGCUAUUAAUUGUUUUGCAACUGCCAAAGCUCCAAUUUAAUCUGUAAAUCCUCCAAACUCUCUGUACUUCAGCCCUGCUGCAGGUGUUGUGCUAACCAACCCACAGGGAAGGACACUGGAAAUUAUCCAAACAGCUUCAUUAUCUAUUUUUUAAUUUUAUUUUUAAACCCAAAUAUGAAGAGAAAGCUGAUUUUUUUAAAUUUUGGGUUGCUCUGUUUUAUUUUGCUUCAUUUUAUUUUAUUUUACUUUAUUCUCUAUUUC